AUGUACCAACGCCGGUACAACGUAGAGCGAUCAUGUAUACGCUGCCACGCGCACAAGAUCAAGUGCGACAAGGGCGCACCAUGCGGUAACUGCAUGCGAAAGAACAUGACCUGCCAGUAUCCAGGUCCAGGCCGAGUCAAGCGCCAACCGCCGAAGAAAAGCACAACGAAUAUUGCAUUACAGUUGGAGAAGCUUGAACAGUCCAUCGCGACGAUAAUAAACGAACGGCCGAAUAGCCUGGACAAUCAAACCCAAGGCCCGAGUACAAGCUCACCAGCCCCGAAUGACCGAUCCGACUAUAAGUCACCAUCAAGCAAUUCAGCUGCAGCAGACCAGGGGUUUCUCGGCAAAGACGGUCGGUAUAUCAACGAGCCUCUUCUCUCACAGGUUCUGGAGAAAGAGAAAGAGCUGCAGUCCGCAAUUGGGUCACCUGUUGAUGCAAGGAGUCCGCGUCGACCACCUGUAUUAAGGGCAGAUGGCCUCUUCUCGAACCCGCUCUUGGGCGAGAUUGACGCCCGAAAGCUAUUUCCGAGUCGUUGGCAGGCAGUUUCGCUCUGGGAGGCAUUUAUCAAUCGUGUAGAUCCCUUGAUAAAGGUCAUUCAUGUUCCAACGGCGCAAUCACGCAUCUUUGCUGCUAUUAAUCGACCUGAGAGUGUGGGUGCUGAUGUACGUGCUUUGCUCUGUGCGAUUUGCUUUGCCGCUACAACAACCUUGCUUUCGGAGGAUACUCAGAAUGAAGUCUUGUUUGCCGAUUUGCGACGGUUUCAGCAAGGCUUGGAAUUGUCUUUAUAUCACUCCGACUUUUUGGAUGCUCCGACCCUUACUUCCUUGCAAGCGAUGGUUAUAUAUCAGUCAUGCUUUCGAUUUAGCAAUAGCGGCCGAUCUGGCUGGACAUUACAUGGCGUAACUAUCCGAGCCGCGCAAUCAAUUGGCCUCCAGCGCGACGGAAAAUACCUCAAACUGCCACAGUUAGAAUGCGAGCUACGCCGACGAACCUGGUGGCAUAUCCAAUCGGCCGAUAUCCGAGUGGCAGAAGACCAUGGGCUCAGCGUUCCGGACAACGACCACGGCGACACAGACGUCCCACUGAAUAUCGACGACCAAAGCAUAUCAGAGACGAAGAUCGCUUCAGCCGUAUCACAGAACCAAUGGACCGAGAUGACCUUCUCUCUAAUCCCAAUAGAAAUUAAUAGGGGACGGCCAGCUUUACUUCGAAGUUUAGUGGGAGCAUCUGACCCAGACCGACUCAUCGCCGAAUUCAAAGGCGCAAUAGAGGAGAAAUACCUGCGCCACAGCGACCCAGAUAUUCCGAUCCAACGCUUCGGAUUCCUCCUGGGAUGGAUUCUGCUCACAAAGACCGAAGUAUGCAUUCGACAGAAACAGCUACAGUCACAAGGACCGGCGGCAUCCUCACUCGACCACAACCUUGUUCAAAAUACACUGGCACAAGCUUGUAUUGGAAUGGAAAUGCAAUUCGAGAUGCUCACCAAUGAGUUACUCCACGGGUUCCGCUGGCUCAUGAUGACUUUCACGCAGUAUCAUCUCCUCACAUUCAUUCUCUGGAGUUUGUGUGCAUAUCCCACCGGCCCACAUGUUGAACGAGCCUGGCGCAUUAUCGAUAUGCAGUUUGAUAUCAUUAAUAAUCCCUCUUGGCCGGACCCGGGACCUAAGUGGCCGAUGAUUGUGCAGUUGCGGGAUAAGGCGCGGCGGAUUCGUCAGGCGCUUGAUUCUGUUGAGCAGGGUCAGCAAAUUGUACACGAAAGUCGCCUUAUAUAUGGUGAUGGGCUCCGGAUUGGGAACUCUCAACUUGAGGCAGGCUUUGAUAUUGAUAGUUGGGAUCCAAAUUUUGUUGACUUUUCGGAUUGGAACAACCUGGCCCAGAGUCUUUCUCUCUUGGGUUGA